AGCGGGAGAAGGACAAGAAGGAGCUGGCUGACAAAGAGGAGAGAGGUUUUGGUGAGAGCCAUGCUGUCUCUGAGCUGUGCCGACCCGUGGCCUGAAGGCUCGGUGGGGCUGGAGGAGGAGGUUGUGACCGCAGCUGCCCAGGCUGAGGAGCGGGACAGCGCCAACAACACAAGCAGCAACAGUAGCUUCUGCAGCUCCGUCAACCUGGACGACAGCCUCACCAGCCUGCAGUGGCUCCAGGAGUUCUCCAUCCUCGGUGCCAACUCGCCGCAGCAGACCCACAACCAGCCGCACCUGUUCGGCCAUCAUCCACUGGGCUCCGACGCACCGGCCUCCCCUCUGGCCGGGGACCCUGCCUCCAUCGGCAUGCCCCUGACCCCGGGAAAGCCCACAGCUGCAGCCUACAGCCGGAUGCAGGCUCUCCCCAGCAUCGUGGCACACGGUCACUGUCCAGAUGAGGUGGACUACAAGACCAACGCGCACAUUAAGCCGCCGUACUCGUACGCGACGCUCAUCUGCAUGGCCAUGCAGGCCAGCAAGAAGAGCAAGAUCACUUUGUCCUGUAUCUACAAAUGGAUCACUGACAACUUCUGCUUCUACCGGCACGCUGAUCCCACCUGGCAGAACUCCAUCCGACACAACCUGUCACUCAACAAGUGCUUCAUCAAGGUGCCGCGGCAGAAGGACGAGCCAGGGAAAGGUGGUUUCUGGAAGAUAGACCCACAGUAUGCUGAGCGUCUCCUUAGCGGUGCCUACAAGAAGAGGCGAAUGCCCCCAGUCCAGAUCAACCCAGCCUUUCAGAACAGGCUCAGGGUUACCCUUCAGCCCCAGUACAGAGGCCCCUGCAGCCCCACAGAAGGUCUAAACAGCUUGUCUAUCAAUCCAGACUCCCAGAGGCUCCUCCGGGAAUUUGAAGAGGCGACUGGUGCCGACCAGAACUGGGAUCCUCAUCUGGCUGAAGGGACAAUGCUAGGGUCCUGGCCAGUGGUCAGGGGAAGAAGUGGGCACAAGAGGAAACAGCCACAGGGUUCCAGAAAUGGUGCCAAAGCCCCUCGACGAUCCAGCUCACCUCUGCUCACCGCUGAUGAACCAAAAGAGAUUGGACCUCUGAAGGGAGACUUCGACUGGGACGCCCUUUUGGACUCAGCCCUUAGUGGUGAGCUCAGUUUGGAUGGCGGAGAACCCCUGAGCCCCAUCAUGAAAGAGGAGGACUUGACAGUUCGGGGAACCCACAUCUCUCCAGUUGAGGCUCCAGCAGGGACAUCGGACAUACAUGUGUUGGUGGAGACACAAAGGAAUAAUGACGUGUCAGACCUUGAUGAGGAGACCUUCCUUGCCACAGCGUUCCUCGAGAGCCCCUGGCCAGAAGAGGAGGAUCAAGGCCGCAAUGACUUCCUCUGUAGCUCCACUGUCAACCUGGAUCAACUGUUUGACCUAGGAGCCUCACUUGGUGGAGACCCAAGCACCCGGAUUGACACCCUUCUUUGAGGAAUUGUUAUUUUCAAGGUCUUCUUUCACUACUAAAACUCUUUGCUACCCUACGAGAGAACAACAGACUCCUUUUUCAUCUCAACGACUUUUAUUGUUCUUUGCAAAAUCUUAACAUUGUUUGAAAAGUGACAUUUUUAUGCUGAUUCAUGCAGGAUUUACAUUGGUAGCACCUUCUAAACAAAGAUGCUACAACAUACAGCAGCAGAGCACAUCCCUAAACUUAAAACAAUAAUGUGUUGAAUAUGUUAUUGGGACCAGAAAUUAUUUGUGACAAAAACAUUUUUUUAGAACAUAGAGCCUGUUAUAGAGACUUACUGUACCAUGUGAGAUCAAUCAUGCUGGCAAGCAAGGAUAUGCUAACGCAAGUUAGUCACAUUAGCUUCCUAUCCUUCAAUUUUUCACUGAACUGGGGUUGUAGCUCUUCCCUGAUGAUAUAUGUUCGGACUGCAAAUGAAUUUAUUCAACUAAGUUUGACUGAAGACAGGAACAAAUUCCUUUUUUGAACUAGCAGCUAGCAACAUGGGAGUACUAAAGGAACUAUACAGUGCUGCAGUUCUACUCAGCCUUUCUCUAAAUGAAUCCCAUUGUCCAUUCAGGACUAACUAGAAUUUGGCUGAUAUUUUGCAUUAUUUGCUAGACGUGCUAUGUUCAUUUAAAUGGGCACAUCAUAUUCUUUGGUAUCCAGUCCACAUUAGGCACCCACAAUUAGCAAGCCAGUUAGCGUAUGCUGAUCUGAAAAUCAAAGAAAGUGACAUUUUAAAUAAGCAUUGGUAUAAUGUAAUGUGUGUAAACUAUGUCUCAGUUGUGGAGAAGUUUAAACUCUGACAGUAGAAGGUGGCAUAGCUGAUAUGCUAAAAUCGCUUCGUCCAUUUUGGCAAUAGGUCAGUGAUGCAAAUGUGUGCAUUAUAAUCAACCAAAUUGAACUACAUGCAGAAAACCCCAAUGUGUUACAUCAGGGUAAAAGAGCAAAAUCUCUGUUUGUAAUGCUAGUGUGAACAUGCAAACUGAAUGGCACAUCAUGGUCUCUGUUUACAGUAUGAAAAAUGUGUUCAUGUUAUGUGUGUACACUACAGUUGGCUUAACUUUUACAUAAAAUUAUAAAUGAAUAAGUAACCAAGUGGCAUUAAGGACAAGACUGUGAUCAACUGAGAUGCAUUUAGUUUUACAUAUGAUUGUUUGCUGAAAAUUGAUCAAAUUUGACUGUAUAUAUUGUGACAGCAGCACUAAGAUGAUGAAUAAUAUGUAUGUGCCAAAUGAUGUUUGGUGUAGAAGUGAUUUACUGAUUUUUUUUAUGUUCAGUUUUCUUCCAUUUGAGCUUUUGAUACUAAUUUUCUCUGUAUGCAUAUUUCAAAAUUAAUAAGGAAUAGUUUAACUAGAUUAAUUGUGAUUAUGCAGCCUAUAGUUUUUUCAAAGAGCAGAAACAUUUUUAUUCCAUACUGGACUGAAAUGAUCCUUGUUAAAGUACUUAGUGUCCACCUUCUUUGAUCCAGCAGUAUGGUUUAGGUUCAGAACUCACACAUGAGAGCUAAAAAUAAAAUGGAAAGGAAACAGCUAAAGGCAAAACUCUCCAACGAGGAACUAAUAUGACAUUAAAGUGAUCAGUUGAAAAAGGCCAUGGCUCAUUGUAAAUGAAUACCUGACCUUUAACGUGCCCAGCAUAACUUUUGGGACAUGACAAGGUGGCAGUGUAUUUAAUGGAAAUGUCUAGCAUUCUUUUUGCAAGGAGAUGUUAUUGGCUCUAAGAAUUGUUGGUGGCGAUGCUUGGAUUGUCUCGUUGGAAGCUGACUUGAUAAACCAAAUCACUCUAUAUGAAAAUGAGUCACUUAAGUCUAUACUACAGCUAAUGUGUGACAGUGCAAUCAAUGUACACUGAUACUUGUUUUAUACAUUCAGUUGUAGACGGCUGUCAGUCCAGUUUACUUUAAAGAGAACAGUUUCACUCUGUUGUGUAUUGAGGUGUAAACACACAAUUUCAGGACAAAGGACUCCAAGACAAAGAAACCCUGAAAUGACUGUGUAUUAGCUCUUGGCUAUUAAAUAACACUUUUAAACAACAAACAUGUUUU